AUGGCCAAUAGCAGAACGGACGUCUGGAUUCCUUCGGCAACGCCUGGGGUGCGUCUGCACGCUUGGCAGUAUACUCCCCGAAGCUCGUCUAGGCAGCGGAUGCCUGUCAUCGUGGGCGCUCCUGGCUUUGCAUUCAGCAAGGCAAGCGGAUUCGACGAGUACGGCAAGAGUGAGGGCACGCCUCGCAACCUGGCGGACCUUGCAAGCCAGCUGCAGGACUACCGCAGCGCCCUCGCCUGGGUCCGAGGGCAGAGCGCCUUCGACCCCGAGCGAAUUGUGCUCUUUGGCGCAGCCUUCUCUGGAGGUCAUGCCGUGACCGUUGCAGCUGAGGAUGGCCACAUUGCGGCCGUUCUGGGCUUGUGCCCUAUGAUCAACGCAAAGGAAGCCGGCAAGUCGCUCAACAGCCCUUGGCUGAUCCCAGUCGGCCUGUAUGGCGUCUUGGAUCGCAUACUCAGCCUCGUGACCUUUGGCUUUCUACCUCCGCUCUACAUCCCCGCUACCCAUCCUCACGACCUUAAAACGGGAAAGACAAAUGAAUGGAUUCCUGGCAUUGUUCUGACAAAGGGAGCGCCUCAAUUCUACAAAGAAUGCGAUCCCGAGUCGCCAAGGUACGUGACCGCACGCGUUGUGACAGACAUGGCGACCUACAUGCCAGUCGACACGGCCGUGCGGCAUAACCUCAAGUCACCUACCCUUCUCAUCUCGCCUGGUGGGGACAACAUCUGUCCGCUCGAAGCGACGAAAGACUUUGCUGCGAGGGUGCCUAGUGCCGAGGUCAAGGUACUGGGCGAUAAGAGCAGCAGCCACUUUGCCGUCCUGCCUAGCUGCGUCGAUGGCAACAUCUGGCAGGACUGCAGUCAAGCGAUGGUCGAAUUUCUCGCUGCGAAACUGUCCUGA